AUGGCUUUGCGAUUCUCUUCCAAGCGUUUUGCGACAGCAUUGCGCCCGUCGCAUGCCAAUUGCUGCUCUGCGCGAUAUGCUUCUACAGCCGCUGCGGUGAAGGGCUCAAGCCUGCCACAGGAUGUGAAGGACUCUAUAGGGCGAGAAGCCUCUCUUCCUACGCCAGACCCUCCAUCGACCUCCAAGACGGCCGGUCUCGUCAAUCAACAGCUUCCGUACAUGGUCCCGACCUACGUGCGCCCUCCUCCCAUGUUCGAGAAGGGCGAAGGAUGCUACUUGUAUGACGUUGAGAACCGAAAAUACCUAGACUUCACCUCUGGUAUCGCUGUGAACGCAUUGGGGCACUGUGACGAGGGCGUGGCUCAAGCACUUGCUGAGCAGGCACAACUUCUCAUGCACACGUCCAACCUAUACCACAACCCCCUCACCGGUCUCCUGUCGAAGCAGCUCAUCCAGCUCACCCACGCUACAGGCGGUUUCGCGUCCGCCACACGCACCUUCAUCUGCAACAGCGGAUCCGAGGCCAAUGAGGCUGCCAUAAAGUUUGCACGCAAAGUCGGGAAGGAGGUAGCCCCGGGCGAAGACAAAUACGACAUUGUGUCUUUCAACGGCUCGUUUCACGGUCGAACUAUGGGCUCCUUGAGCGCAACGCCAAAUCCAAAGUACCAGAAGCCUUUCUCUCCUAUGGUCCCCGGCUUCAGAUACGGAACAUUCAACGAUGUGGAGGCUGUUAAUGAUUUGGUCACUGAGGGCACUUGUGGAGUUAUCAUCGAGCCCAUUCAGGGCGAGGGCGGCGUCAACGUCGCGACGCCCGAAUUCCUGCUUGCGUUGCGUAAGCGCUGCACUGAGGUCGGCGCCGUCCUCAUCUAUGAUGAGAUCCAGUGCGGUCUAGGAAGGACCGGCACAUUCUGGGCUCACGCCGGGUAUCCAAAGGAGUGCCACCCCGACAUUGUCACCACGGCCAAAGCUUUGGGCAACGGGUUCCCCAUCGGAGCAACAAUUGUAAACGACUUUGUGUGCGAUCACAUCAAGACGGGCGAUCAUGGCACGACCUUCGGCGGUAACCCUCUGGGCUGCCGUGUAGCUUCCUACAUCCUGUCUCGCCUGUCAUCUCCUGAGAUCUUGGAAUCUAUACCCGCCAAGUCAGCAGCUUUCAAGAAGCAUUUCGCCUCAUUGCAAGAGCGUUUCCCUAACCGCGUCAAAGAGAUCAGGGGACAAGGCUUGAUACUCGGGCUGCAGCUUGACGAUGACCCUACGCCGAUUGUAACUGCGGCGAGGGAACGAGGACUCCUGAUCAUCACCUGUGGAACGAACACAUUGAGGUUCGUCCCACCUCUCAUCAUCACCGAAGCGGAGAUCGGUACGGGUAUGGCGAUUGUGGCCGAAGCCAUGGAGAGCGUCUGGAGCAAAGGCGAACAAGUACCGGGUACACCUGGCCAACAGGAAAUGCGAUGA